UUCGCCUCACAUUGAAAUAUCUCGCCUCUCACAGUCGAUGGCUUUCGACGAGCCGUUGAUACGUUUCAGAUUAUACCACUCGUCUGCAGUUGUUUUUUUUUCUCUCCACGUAUACUUUUGAAAGUAUGUUGCUGCUUAUCGCUUGCAUUUGUGUCUCAUUCGACGGAUUCAACUUUGCUCUGGCUCAAAAGACUUACAACGGGUACAAGGUGUACAACGUGAGCAUCGAUACGGACCAAAAAUUGCACUUUAUUCAAAGCUUCGAAGAUACGGAUGGCUACGAUUUUUGGCUACGACCCUACCCAUUCGGUCACUUCCAUAUUAUGGUAACACCUGAACUUCAGCCAGGCUUUGAGCAGGAACUGAAAAGCAAAUCCGUUGAAUUUGAAGUGCUUCAUGACGACGUGGGCUUGUUGUUGGAGAAAAAUACAACCGUGCACUCGUCAAAACGAAAGGUCAGAUCUGUAUCACACGAAGAGAAAGCAGCAGCUGAAUUUAACUUCCAGUAUUUUCCACGUUACGAUGAAAUCGUCAAGUUUAUGGAGAACCUUGUGCUCAACAGAUACGCGAAACUCAUAAAUAUUGGCAGCAGUGCCGAGGGACGACCAAUUUACGGCAUUGAAGUAUCAAAAUAUGCAAACAAUCCGGUAUUUUUAAUUGAUGCGGGUACGCAUGCACGCGAAUGGGCUUCACACGUGUCAGCACUGUACAUUAUUCAGCAAGUCAUUGAGAACGAAGAGGAAUUUGCGAACAAAUUGAAUUUGGUCAUCAUCCCCUGUUUGAAUCCUGAUGGUUAUGAAUAUACUCACACAACAAAUCGUUUCUGGAGGAAAUCAAGAUCGCAGCAAAGUAAUCGCAUGUGUCCUGGUGUCGACUUAAAUCGUAAUUUCGAUAGCCAUUUCGGAGAGUUUCGUUCUGACACGAGUAACGUGUGCAGCCGAUUGUUUGCGGGAAAACGAGCUUUCAGCGAACCAGAAAGUGCAGCCCUUCGUGACACAAUAUUGGCGUACAAACCCAUCGCGUACUUGAGUAUACACAGUUUCGGGGGUUAUCUGCUCUACCCCUAUGGCUACACCAAAAUUCUACCGCAGAACUGGCAGACUUUGGAUCGUAUAGCCAAGCUCGUAGUCGAGAGAGCCAAAGAAUUCAGUGGCACGGAGUACAAAUACGGCAGUGCAGCGAGACUUCUAUACAAAGCUUCAGGAGCUUCAGACGAUUGGGCGAUGGAUAAAGGAAACGUCUCUCUUGUUUUCACAAUAGAAUUGCCAGCUUACAGCGACAGAGCGUUUAUAGUGCCAGAAGACAAAAUAAUGACAUUGGUCCAGGAAACUUUCGAGACUUUCCUUGCCAUGUUCAAUGAAAUUUUCAAUUAUACCAAAAGCUAUACAUUUAGUAGAACUUGAAUCUGUUUUGAGCAUUGAGGAUUAAAUAUUGACAUUUUUUUAAUUUCACGUAACAUAAUUUUAUUCAUACCAGUUUACAUAGGUAUAUUUAAGAAGUCUGUUAACUCACAAAGUACAUUUUGUGCUACCCCCAUUAUUCAAAUUAUUUUUUUUGUUUUUUUUUUUUAUCUGAGACAAAAAUUUCUCCUCCGAUCAUCUAUUGUUAAAUUUUAAAACAAUGAAAUUUUAUACUCGAAAAGUGUACACAAUCAGAUUUUCCUACUCAAAAUUUUUUUUUUUUAUUCUAAACAAAAGAUAAUCAUUAUAGCUAAUUUUUCCAACAAUUUGAGUAAAUCAAAUGUUGUUAUUGUUUAAUUUUUCUGAAAAAAAUGAGCAUAUAUCCUUAAUGGUAUAAUAUUUUUUUAUAUUGGAAAAAAAAUAAAAUAAAAAAGAUCGAUCAUAGCACGGUAAUUCCACCACUUACUUAAUUUUAAUCAAUCAUUUUUACUAAACGUAGAAUUUGCUAUUAAAGUGGUGAAAAACUAAUUUGUUGAAAAGCAUAUAGCAUAAUUUGAAAAGCUUUGGUUUUCAAAUUACCCAUGAGGUAAUGUUUUUUUUUAUUUUUUUUUUUAUUGAAAUCAGUUACAGAAGGUUCCGUCGUCUCUAAGAUUCUUUGAUUUCGUAGAAGAAAGAAGUGAAAAUUUUAUCAGGUUAAA